UCAUAAACCCUCAAAAAACCCUUUCACUUUGUGGGCGAUGUCCUCUAGAGCCUAAAACCCUUCACAUCAAAAUCCCCAACCUCAAAAAACGCGACCAUGAGCUCCUUCAGCAGCACCACCAACUUCGACAACCUCAUGCUCCAAACCCUCAUGGGCCGCCUCCAAAUCCGACCCCCACCCACCACCACCUCCACCACCACCUCCACCGCCGCCCACAACCACGCCUUCCUCUCCCAAACCCUCGAAGACCUCCUCUUCGACGCCGCCAACUUCUCCCCCGACGACGACGAGAGCAAGACCCAGCUCGCCCGAGAAGAAUCCAAGCUCGAGAGGGACAUCAUCCGCGUCAUCCUCACCGGCAGCACCGACUCCCUCAAGCCCAAUUCCGGCCAGGCCGUCACGGUCGGCGAGCACCACAUUUGCGUCGGGUUCCACGAGGAAACGGGUUCGGAUUAUCGGGUCUGGGAGUGGCACGGUCAUAUUAUGCUCUUUGAUGAAGAGAAUGGUUACACGCCUGAGUAUAUUUAUGGGAAUUACUUUGAGAGAUUGGCUGGGAAGCGCGGCGGUGGCGGUGGCGGUGAGGAGGUGAAGGAGGAGGAAGAAGAGGAGGAGAAAGAGGUGGUGGGGAAUAUGGGGCUAAGGGAGUUGAUUGAUGGUGUGGAGGAUUCGGGUCAGGUGAGGAUUGUUCAUCGGAAUAUCAAUGCCAAUGCCGGUUCUACAACUACUACAAGGAUUUAGUUGAGACGAAAGGCCUAGGUCACCCAUAAGCAGUUUGGAAUGUUAAUGAGCGAGCUGCAUUGAGCUUCUUGUUGCCUUUGGUACUGGAAGUUUGGGAUCAAGAUUGUUUAUCAGUUUACAUGGCGCCUGUAUGCUGCUUUCUCUAGUUUUUCUUGGGAUUUCCAAUACUUGUGGACAGUACAAAAGAAUGGAAAGAAUGGAAAGAAUGUAUUGUGAAACAUAUAAUCUCUUUAUGUAGUUUGUUAGCAGUUUUGACAAACGACUGCAUAAUCUCUUAUAUCUUACUAUCUUUUACAAUACCUGCCAUAAUGCUGAUGGAAUAGUAUAUCCCAGAAGUGUUACGGUUUUUCCUUUCACAUUGUCUUCCAGAGUGAUAGAAAUAGUACCACAAUGGCAAGCUCUCCUGCA